AUGGAGUAUCAGAACAGUUCUAACAGCUCUCGCUUUGACCCUACCUCAGCGGUAGCAUCCAGCACUGUUCUUGGAUUGUGCUGUGCGCUGGGUGUACCAGGUAAUAUUGCGGCGCUGGUCAUGCUCUCCCAGCAUUUAAAGGAUGACAGUUUCACCCCAAAACUGAUGCUGAGUCUGGCUGUCUCGGAUCUGUUGAGUCUGAUAUUUCUGCCUGUGUGGAUUUAUGCCCUCCUGAAUGGCUGGGUUUUUGGCCAAGGUCUGUGUAAGUUAUUUUCCUAUGUAGUGUACUGGAGCCUCUACAGUAGUGUGCUUUCUGUCACUUUGUUGAGUGUGCAAAGGUACCUGCAGGUGCUGUAUCCACAGCGAUGGGCGAAGCUCGGGCAGAAGGGUCAAAAGGGGCUGAUUUUUGGAAUAUGGACAUUAAGUGGAGCUUUGGGUUCUUAUGCUCCUUAUUAUCGAAACGUGAAGCUGAAAGCUGGGCUUCUACGCUGUUAUCAGGAUUAUGCCAAAAAACAAGAAAAAAUAGUCAUCUUACUUGUCGAAACUCUAGUGCUGUUUGUUGUGCCUCUCUGCAGCCUGUUGUGCUUCUACCUUCGACUUCACCAACGGAUAAGUCAGUCAGUUUCUUUCAGAAGCCACAAGCUGACAAAACUGGUCAUCAGAAUCAUGGUGGCCUUCUUUAUAUUUGGGACCCCCUCUAUGAUCAACAACUUGGUCUUAAUGGCAAUGUCAUGGGAAUCAGAUGGCAGCAACAAUGUAACCGGCGCUCUUUUCUUUAUCAACAGUUGCGUGAACCCCUUUCUUUAUGCCUUCUCAGCUCGAACGCUGCGAUGCAGAAGAAAACAGCAUUCAGAUCAGCCACAAGAAAAUCUGAAUGAAAGCUGAAGCUUUUCUGUUGGUAUACUUUGUAUCUAAUAUUAUUUGUUUGCUUUUGAAGUGUGCUUAAAGGGAAGCACAUAUAACAUUUUUCAUUUAUGUUUCCUCAGCUUAUAACCUGAAUAUAACACUUUUCCAUUCCCAAAAUAUUAUAAUUACCAAGUAAGUAUUCCCGAAACAGGACUGUGGAAGCCAACCAAGGAUAUCUUCUGCUUUUUAUAUGCUCUUAUAUGUUAAGGUUGUAGAAUGAACAUUUUUAGUAAGCUUUCAUCUUCCUCUUCAAAAAUGGAAGGAAUGUAGUAAUGAUGAGGCAGAUAAACCACACUUGCUCUACUGACUGCAGCUUUUAAAGAGGGGUGUCUUUUCUGAACACACAAGGAACUUCAACCCCUACACAAAGAAAAAGGAUGCCAACAAAGACUUAUUCUUUAGCUGAAAUUUGCUGUUUGCAAUUAGUUAAAGACUAAAUGAAAGUGGUUAUACAACAGUUUGGUUUGUCUGUAAAUAUAUUUUUCAAAGCUGUAAAUAAAGAUUUUCAUAGUAAUUUAUACUAGAAAAUACCAUUUCAUGUCAGGGUUAAUUUCUUUUUUGGUUUUGUUCUCUGUUCCUUGUUUAAUUUGACCCAGUUUCCUUUGUUCCCAUUUUCCCUCCACUCAUUUGUUCCCAUAGUUACUCAUUAGUUCUCACUUGUUCUGAUUCUGUUAAUUAUCUGUUUAUUUAAGCCCUCGGUUUUAAUCAGUUCCUUGUCUGGUGUUGUUUGUAUGUUUCAGUUGUCAUGUCAUGGUUUCUGAGUUUCCCGAUUUGAUUUAUUUUUGAUAAAUUAUUGACUGUUAUUUUUGUUAACUUCUCUGGCAUUGUGUGCUUGAUCCUGCACAUUACAUUUCAGUCUUUCUUUAUAAAUAAAUCACAUUUAAUUCAC